CGUGAUCCCCCGCUAAAUCUGGAUUACACCCAGACGGUCACCUCAGUGCUGGACAAUGGCCACUACUAACAUUACCACACCUGCAACGCCGUCCACAGUCAUACAAAAUGGUCCACAAAUCCCAAGGGAUGGCCUCCCUCUCAUGCACCCAGCUCGCACCCCCCCUGUACUACCAUGGCCAGAUAUUGGACACCUUGCAAAGUGGUCAGUCUCUUCAUACAAAUUUGGGUUUGGUGCCGAGUGCCUUAGAGACGGAGAUCCCGAUACGUUCUGGCAUUCUGAUGGCCCCCAGCCUCACUUUAUCACCGUGGAGUUCCCUCGCAAGGUCGCAAUUCAGAAAAUCAGUAUCUACCUUAGUUGGCCACAAGACGACUCGUACACCCCAUCGACUCUUGCUAUCCGUGCCGGAACUGGUCCCAGUGACCUUCAAGAUGUACGGGUCGCUACUUUGGAGAAACCGGACGGCUGGAUAACGUUUGAUGUAUCCUCAGAACCUGACGAAGAUGGGAAUUCAUUUAAACCUGUACAUGCGUACGUGCUGCAAGUUAUCGUGGUGCAGAACCACAUGAGUGGAAAAGAUACCCACAUACGAGGGCUGCGUGUCCUUGGUCCUCAGGAAGAAGAUGCUACUGAUGGCGAUCCUUUCCCUUGGAAGUCAUCGGACUUCAAGAUGUACGAAAGACUGCGGUGAACAGCAUCAUGACGAGUUUUCAGGCAUAUUGGACUCGAAUUAUGUCUUAAUGAUAGUAAUUCUUUACGCUGCAUUUGUACCUAUAUUUCUACCAGCUAACACGCACACAAGAGUGAACAAAGAACCUAUUUCAACUUUGCAAACAUCUCCCUAGAUUGGUCGAGAGUUAGACAUUCCGUCUCGUAUGUCUUUUUCUGUUGUGGUCAAGAACAGAAAAUUAGCAGCGUUCUGAAUUUGCAGUC